AGUGAAAUUGUUGUCAAAUUUCAUCGUUAAACAUUGUUUGUACAGUGUUUUUUUUUUUAUAGAUGUUCGAGCCAGCCACAUAAUGAAGCGGCAAGUGCGAGUCUGUAGCUCACGCGACAUGUCAGAUAAGUUUUCGAUCAGGGUUCAAUCUCCGUCUGAGCUCUAACAUUUCAGCCAAUCGACCAGAGAACCACUAGAAAACUUCCAGGCGAUGGAAUCACCCAAACCAGAACUAACCAGUAGAUGCCAUGUGGUGGCCUUGCCUUAUCCCGGUAGAGGCCACAUCAAUCCGAUGAUGAACCUUUGCAAGCUGCUAUGUUCCAAAAGCCCUGACAUUCUCAUAACCUUUGUUGUCACUGAAGAAUGGUUCUCUUUCAUCAGUUCGGAAAACAAGCCGGCCAACGUCCGGUUUAGGACCAUCCCCAACGUAAUCCCAUCUGAACUUGUUCGAGCCAAGGACUUCCCUGCCUUCAUCGUAGCUGUGCUCACGAAAAUGGAAGCUCCGUUUGAGGAGCUCCUUGAUCGGCUGGAGCUCCCAGCAAAGGCCAUUAUAGUUGAUACGUAUAUGGCUUGGACGGUCGAAGUAGGGAAACGAAGGAAUAUUCCGGUGGCUUCGCUUUGGACCAUGUCGGCAUCCGUGUUGUCGAUUUUUCUCAAUUUCAACCUCCUCGUGGAAAACCAGCAUUUCCCAGCUGAUUUGUCAGAGCAGGGAAAUGAGCUUGUGGAUUACAUCCCUGGACUUACUCCGAUACACCUAGCAGAUCUGCCAACAAUUUUCUAUGGAAAUGGCCUCCAAACCUUGCAUCUUGCUCUGGAUUGUGUUUCAUCAGUGCCCAAAGCACAGUAUCUUCUCUUCACCUCUGUCUAUGAGCUUGAAUUCCAAGUCAUUGAUGCUUUUAAAGCAAAGUUACCUUUUCCUGUCUAUGCGAUUGGCCCUAGCAUACCGUACCUUGACCUGAAAGAAAUUUCUUCAACAACUAAUAAUCCUGAUGGUCCUGACUACUUUCAGUGGCUGGAUUUGCAACCUAAAGGUUCAGUCCUGUAUGUCUCCUUGGGAAGUUUUCUAUCAGUUUCUGCUGCCCAAAUGGAUGAAAUUGUAGCUGGGGUGCAAGAGAGUGGUGUUCGGUACUUGUGGGUUUCACGCGGGGACUCUUCACGAUUCAAAGACUGCUAUGGUGGUCAGGGACUAGUGAUUUCUUGGUCUGAUCAGCUGAGGGUGCUAUGCCAUUCUUCUGUGGGAGGAUUUUGGACGCAUUGUGGGUGGAAUUCCACUCUUGAGGCUAUAUAUGCCGGCGUUCCAAUGCUGACUUUUCCUAUAUUUUGGGAUCAAAUUCCGAAUAGUAAGCAAAUAUUAGAAGAUUGGAAGAUUGGAUGCAGAGUGAAGAAGAACAAGGUAGGUGAACAUUUGGUGAUGAGAGAAGAAAUUGCAGAGCUUGUGCGAAAGUUUAUGGAUUUUGAGAGCAACGACGGGAAGGAAAUGAGAAGAAGGGCUAGAAAAGUUCAAGAAACAUGUCAAACAGCAAUUGCAAAAGGCGGAUCCUCAGAUCUUAAUUUAGAUUCUUUUAUCAAGGACAUAUCGGAAAGGCACACUCAUUAGCUAUUCUGAGUUCUUUACUGAUCUGUUGUUCCAAUUAUGUAAUCACUGCUCGUUAGGUCAAGCGGAUUUAAUAUUUUCCUCAAAAAUCCUGGUGGGUAACAUUGAAUAACAAAAAACACGUGGUUGUGUACACAUGGAAUUGCCUUCUUUGCUGGUGUAAAGAACUGGGUUGUUUUCUUAUACAGUAAGCUUAAGCUAGGGUCAUGCUAUGGUUCACUAAUUUGCGUCUUGAAAUGCUAAAACCGAUGAACUGAAUGAUGGCGCUAUUUUUUCUCAUAAACAAGCAAUAAAACCAAUUCAAUCACCGAAUGCUGAUCAUAGAAAUAAACAACCGUCCGUAUCCCAAUAGUCAAAAAACAAAACUUUUCCAAAAGCCGACGCGACUCACUGAAGAUAUACAAAUGCACCGAAUUUCUUGUGGGUCCUGAAUCCUGAUGAAGCUCACCCCCAGUGAUUCUAGCAAUAAAACGACAGGCGUCCAAAUAAUCAGCUGCAAGUCACAUUCAAGCUCUGAAACAGGCAAUAAAUUCCCUGUCAAAAGAUCAAAAGCUGGAAGUUUAGCGGCUUCAUCCUCUGUUGAAAGUACGAUCUGAUCAAUGGUUUUUUCUUGAGAAAAAAGAAAGGUUUAUCAUCAGAUUCAUGCAUGGUUGAUGAAUCUUUGCAAGUUGCUAUCUAGGAAAAAAGAUGAUGUUCCCAUAACUAUUGUUGAUGCCUUCUUCAGGGCUAUUUCUAGUCACCUGGCCAAUGAAGCAUGUUAACGUAUUUAUAUUGGAUUUGUUUCAUUCAAGGAAUUUAUGGAUAAAAAAGGCUCUAAAAUAGCACUUUGAGAAUUGGUUUAUCAAAUUCCUUUGACUGGAAAAAAAAGAAACUGUUUUAGCAAAUCACUGCCAGCUUAUCAAUUAUAUAAACCUAAUUCUUUCCCUCUAUUGAUACAGAUUUAGCGAAAACUGGACAAGUGUUUAUGACAAAUAAAGCAUGCAGAUAUUUUUGUUCCAUGUGUAGAAUUUAUUUUCCUAUUCUUUUCUAUCAACUAGGAAGCAGCAUUUAAAAGAACCCUUUCACCAUCAACAGUAUUCAAGUUAUUUGUACAAAAAAACUUGUAUUAAACU